CGGCAUAUCCGCCGAGAGCGUGAGAAGAACCAGUUGGGACCGGUCCAAGCCAACCAUGGAACAUUAGAAGAAAGGGGGGAGAUUGCUGCGCAGAUCAACCAUCAAAGUUGUGGAAUGGAUGCUAACCCAGAUUUCGAGCUCGAGCAGCUAGAACAAAUUGAACAAGCAGUGCAUAGUGAUGAAUAUGCAGAUCAGCUGGAAUCUGAUGCUGAACAUUGGCACAAUGCCGAACAGAUGGAGCAGGAGCCAAAUGCUACCAGUUACUGUGACACUGAGCCUGCCUUCUUUGAGCCUGUAAACAGUUUAAAUAAUCCACCAGAAGAAGGAGGUCUCCCCAAAGAAAAACUUUGUGGAUGUGGAUGCACAAGUAUGACAGCAGGUGAUGUAUUUUUGAUGACAGUAGGUCUUGGUUUGCGACACAAUCUUACAUGGGCAGCACAAGUAGACAUACUUAAAAUGGCAAACCAGCUAUUUAACUUGAACCCAUUAAAAGCAACUAAAUAUUAUUAUGAGAAAGCUGUUUGCAGUGGUAACAUAGCUGUAGACACUUACUUGUAUUGCCCUGACUGUGGAGUAUCUCUGGGGAAGGUAGAACAACAAUUGAACCCUAAUAUUGUCUGUACUUGUAAGAAAGUAGUGUCAAAACAGUCAACUCUGUUCUUGUCUCUUAGUUUAGAGGACCAAUUUAAAAACCUAUUAAGGGAUCCCGUAUUUGCUAAGGAUUUAAUGUCUCAUAGAUUUGAUAGGAAAAAAAAUGGAGACGACUCCUUAUUGAGGGAUAUUUUUGAUGGUGCAGCAUAUCGAAAGCUAUUUGAUAGCUCUGGCCCUUUGUCUAAGCCCAAGAAUUUCUCACUGUCGUUUAACACUGAUGGAGUGUCAGCUGGUAAAUCAAACAGUGUUAACAGAACUAUGUGGCCGAUUCUUGUUACUAUUAAUGAACUCCCGUACAGUAUUAGGAAUAAGUAUGUAUUAAUAGCUGGUUUAUAUGUAGGCAAGACGCAUCCCAAUAUGGAUGCAUUUUUAGAGCCAUUUGUUGAACAGUUAAACAGAUUGUCAUCAGCUGGUUUCGAAUGGACAAAUUCUGAUCAUAAGGUGAUAACAAGUAGGGUUUACCCUUUGUGUGCUGUUGUUGAUUCUCCAGAUUCUCCAGCUCCAGCUUCGCAUGAAUGCAAGCAAUAG